GACUUCGUACUACUUCGUAUUAUCACUUCGGCAAAGACGGAUGCAAGGAAAUUAUUCUGUGAAAUUUUUCUUUUUCAACAAGAAAUUCACGUAAAUUUUUGUCCUGUUGUUGUUUGUUUAUCAACAACAGCACUCUAGAUGCCUUCGAUAAAUGUUUUUGUUAACAAGUGUUGCGCGUAAAUAAAUAAUAUAUUGAAUUGAAAACAAACGAAAUCGAACGCAUAAAACACGGAUAACAUAUAGCCAGUAGUUGUGUCCGAGAAUAUGGCAGCUAACAAUAAUCUACACAAUCUGCAUAGUAUGCAUCUGCAUGCAACACCCCAACAGACCACUGCUGGCAUGUCGUCCUCCUCCAUGACACCCGGCGUCAUUGGUGGCGGUGUUGGCUGUUUGAUGCCACAAAGUGUUAUUGCUUCAACGGGCACAGUUAGCCCCAUGGUAACACACAUGCCAAAUAUGACACCAGCACAAAAUACCAUUAGUAGUAAUAAUCAAAGCGCCUGGGAUCAGUUGACAGCAUCAACCCACAAUACAACAAUUGCUGCGACCACAACAAAUCUUCAACAUUCAUUACUGGGCAACGCAGGGGGAAUUAUUGGCAGUACAGCUCAGUCCCACAUGACAACUUCAACGAACAUAACAGCUCCCACGGCAGGAGUAGGUAUAAUUGGUGGUACCAGCAACAUAACACCUACCACAUCUACACUAACCUCACUAAUACAACCCGAAACAACAAAUGCCGCGCCGGCUAAUCUUAAUCCAGGAAUUGGAGUUAAUACCAACAACAUUACCGGUGUUGGUAAUAGCAAUAUAAUGACCAGCCUAAUAACGGGAGCCAACUCACCAGCUGGUCCAAGCUGUUCAUCACCCUCGACACCCAUUAAAUCAGGACCCAAUCCAAUGGAACAAAUAAUGGCCCACACUCCCCAAGGUGGACCACCGCCCAUGUACACGGCCGGCGGCGGCUAUGGUGAAGAACUUACCGCCGAGUUGGUUGUCCAAGGUUGGCGUAAAUUUUGGUCGAAACGUGAAAAUCGCCCCUACUACUGGAACAAAAUAACCGGGGAAUCACUUUGGGAAAUGCCUGGUGCAAGACCCUUUGAUCCUCUCACCGAUCCCCUGGGCAUAUCACAUGGUGGUCAAAUGCCACCACAUCCCCAUGGUCAUAUGCAACAACAGCUACCCCCGGGACAUCAUCAGCAACAUCAUAACUUAAAGCGAAGACCCUCAGAUGAUAUGCACAUGCAUGGUGGUCAUGGCCAUCAGCAGCCUCCAAUGAAGAAGUUUGUCUUGGCCGGUCCAUGGGAUCUUGAAGUUUGCACAAAUGCCGUUAUUGUGGAAAGGCCACCCACUUUAUUGCCCCAGCCACAUCCAGAAAUAGAAGCGCUGCGCGCAGCCUAUACCAUGAAAUUGGUGAAAACCUAUGAAGAUCUCUGUAUGCGCAGAGAAAACAUAAAAGCCCCAAAAGACUCCUUUAACCGCUGGCUAAUGGAACGCAAAGUCAUUGAUACGGGAUGUGAUCCUCUGUUGCCGAGCAAUUGUAUACCCGAAAUAUCGCCAUCUAUGUAUCGCGAAAUUAUGACCGACAUUCCCAUUAAAAUUGUCAAACCCAAAUUUACCGGGGAUGCUCGUAAGCAGUUGUCUAGAUAUGCCGAGGCGGCCAAGAACAUCAUCGAAUCGCGUUCAGCACCGGCCGAAUCGAAAAAAGUGGUCAAAUGGAAUGUGGAGGAUACCUUCCAAUGGCUACGGCGCACAGUGGGCGCCAGUUAUGAAGAUUUUCAAGAUCGUCUGGCCCAUCUCCGGAGGCAGUGUGAACCACAUUUGACGGAAACGGUUAAGGGAUCUGUGGAGGCACUGUGUGCCAAAAUAUAUCACCUUUCCGCAGAACAUGCACGCAAGAUACGUGAAAGACAUUUGGCUCUCUUAAAAGAACAUGGUAUCCCCGAACCAACACCACCACCUCCACCACCACAUUUGAAAAAGGUCUGGUGUUAUCCGAUACAGUUUGCGGUGCCCUCGCCACGUAUGCCGGCAAUUGAAUAUGUCCAGGAUCGAGAUCACAUGAUUAUUAAAUAUACGCCCACAACGCUUAAUCAACCCGAUGCUCAAUAUAUAAAUCUAACCCAUUUGCAAAAAUUGGAACAAUUGUAUCGUUACAAUUGUUUCGAUGACAAGAAAUUCGAUUUGUUCAUAGGACGUGUUUGGUGUCUCCUGAAGCGGUAUCAGACAUUUUUGGGCAAUGUUCUGAAUUCAUCGCAGGAAGCUGAACUGACACAGGCCUCAUUGCCCACACCGGUGUUUGAGUGUUUGCAUCGACAUUUCGGUGUGACCUUUGAGUGCUUCGCUUCACCAUUCAAUUCAUAUUUUCGGCAAUAUUGUUCGGCCUUUGCCGAUACCGAUGCCUAUUUUGGCUCAAGAGGGCCCUUUCUGGACUUUAAGCCUGUAUCGGGAUCCUUUCAAGUUAAUCCUCCACAUUGUGAGGAAUUAAUUGAUGCUGCUCUACAGCAUGUGGAUAAAUUGCUUUCAGAGUCUAUGGAACCAUUAAGCUUUAUUAUUUUCUUGCCCGAAUGGAAGAGCAUUGCCAAAUUGGAAGAGAACAUUUAUAAACGCCGUUCAAUGGUGGUUUUGGGUAUGGCCCAUGAAUAUCGUCAUGGCUAUCAGCAUAUUAUACCAAAAACCGAUGUCAGUGUAAAAUGUAUGCAGGGUACCCAGGUGGUGUGGCUGCAAAACAGUGCCGGCCAUGCCCGUUGGGGUCCCAAUGAAAAUCGUGUUGAAGCCUUGCGUGAGGCAUUCCGACCCCAGAGAGAUCGCGAGCGUGAACGUGAACGCCAACAAAAGGCGGAAAAUGCCGCCAAUGCAUCAUCGUCAUCCACAACACAACCCUCAACAUCGUCUCAGGGAUCCUCUAGCAAUAGCAGUUCAUCAUCAGCAUCAUCAUCGUCCGGCCUGGGCCACUCAUCAUCAGCUUCCACAAUGUCUAGUGGUUCAUCGACGCCACAACAUCAACAAAUCUAUACGACAAGCAAUACCACUAUGGGAUUUUCACCCUCACCACACAACACCCUGUCGAACAGUGCGGCAACAACACCCACCUGCAUGGCCUCGCCAUCAGGUGCCUCCACCUCAAGUGGCAUAUCAUCGAUUAGCAGUAGUUAUGGCGGUGGUGCUGGCAUGUCGCCCUCCCACUUAUCACCGCAUACACCACCCUCGAAUUAUCAUGCCUCCGCAUCGCCGGCCUUAAGUUUACAGAGUGAUUGUUCGUCGCCAACAUCUUCGACAUCAUUGUCGCCGGCACCGCUGCUGGAACAUGCCGCCACCACAUCGGCUAAUGUCUCUAUUACGGCAACAGCGGCUGCCACCUCCGUUUCGGGUACAUCAGCAGCAGCGGCUGCUGCCUUUGCCUCACUGGUAAGCGGCAAUUCAAGUUCUGUAGCUCCAGGUGGAGCCAUAACAACUACAGCUGCUCAAUCGGUAAUCAAUUCGGCGGUUUAAAGAUAAGGAAUAGGAGUAAAGGAAAAAUGGAGAUCUAUUUUUUAUUACUAUUUUUUUUUUAUUAAAAAAAACUUCUACUUAAACUAAGAAUAAUGGAGAGAGAGGCAUAAGGAAUAGCAUGACAUAGAAGAGGAGAGGGAGUUUUGAGCCACGAUGUUUUUGAAACGUAGCUAUGAUUUGAUGUAGAUUCUAAACAUCGUUUACUGGGUUUUGAAAUGUCUACAAUUCUCAAUUCUUAAAUGAAAUACAAUUUUUGUUGAAUAUGGAAAUUGUAUCGAAGACAUUUAUGUCAUUUCCUUGAACUGUUUAAUGCAGAUUUUCAAAUAUUUUAUGGAUAUUUCGGUUGAAAUUGGAAAAUUUGUUGAAUAUGGAAAUUGUAUGAAAGACGUUUAUGUCAUUUCCUUGAACUGUUUAAUGCAGAUUUUCAAAUAUUUCAUGAAUAUUUCGGUUGGAAUUGGAAACAACCAGUUACAAACUCAAGAAAGGUUUAUUUUAAAAUGCUGGGUAAAAGUAGUUUCGUUGUUCAUUCUGUCUGAGAAAGAAAAUCAAGACCGAAAACUCAACACCAUUUUUAAUCUUGGAGUGAAAAUAUUUGUUGAUAUUAAAAUAGCUUCCCCCUCUCGCUGUUGUCUGCUUUCCUUUUCCUCCAUUCUUUGUGCUACAACUAAGAAUUUGCCCUAUAUAUGAGAAUAUUUCAUUUUGUAUAUAUUAUUUGUUUAAAAACUAUAUAUUUUUUAGAGAUUUUCUUCUGCUUAGCUAUUUUAAACCAGGAAAGUUUGAGUAAAACUUUAAAAAUCACACAACAUCUAACUUUUACAAAAAAAAAAAUCCACUUUAUAAGAAACAUAAAAACUGAAAUUUCUAAUUUUAAGGCAAAGGUCAAGAGAUGAAAUCAUCAAAGAUUUGUGGCAAUUUUUUUUAAUUAUGAUUUACAAAUUUUUUUAAUAUAGACAUUUAGUUAUUUAUAAGUUAUUAACGUUUUCUUUUUUUUAUAAAACUAAAUUUAAUUUAUUACUACAACAACAACAACAAAAAACACUAUUAAGAUAUACUAAAUGUAUAAGAUUUUUGCAUUGACAUUUCAUCAACAUCAUUAAAAAAACAAACGCUCAUUUCAAUGUACAAAAAACAAAAAGGAAACAGAAACUAAAUUAUAAUAUUGUUAACCUUCAAGCUGACAAAACAACAUCCACAUCAUCUAUCCACAUUAAAAAGAAAAAAAAAAACAAAUUUAGCUAAAACAAAAUCAAGACUAUUAUUCACAUUUUAAAUUUCAAUACGAAUUUUUAGAAAAAUAUCUCUUACAAACAAAAUAAAUAAAUUACAAAUAAAACUAAUUCCAACACACACCACCCCUAAAACUCCCCUACCAACCAAGCAAACACUCUCACACACCCUCCACCCCCCAAAAACAUUUUAUUAGCAAAAUUGUAAAAGUAAUUGGUAUAUAAUAAAUAAAUCUCAAACACACACAAACUAUAUGCGAUAUUUAAACAAAGCUUGUCCAAGGAUUUAAAUAUAGCAAAAAUGUUCUACUUUUAAAAACCGUUUAAUAAUCUACCACCCCACAAAAUAAAAUUAAUUUUAUAAAAAAAAAAAAUCAUUAAUUUUGUUGACAUAUUCAUAUUCAUCCAACCACCAUUUACCACCCCCAAGCCUCAAUGGUCAUAAUUAGAAAAAAUAAUAAAAAAAUCGGAAUAUUACAAAACGAAAUCCUAACUUUUUUUGUUAAACUAUAAAAAUAAUUCAA